AUGGACAAAACUAAAUGUCAAAUCUGCGAGGAUGUGGCCGCCGGAUUUUACUGUGGAGCCUACGUCUGUGAAGCUUGCAAAAAAUUUUUUAUUCGUUCGUUGAAAUCUAAAAUAAAGUGUGACUUCAAUCCUUGUCCGUCCGAAGGUCAAUGUACUGUUACCAAAAAAACUAGAACACAAUGUCCACAGUGUCGAUACAAAAAAUGUCAGUCACUCAAUAUGUAUGCCCCCGGUACUGCAAACGUUUCUCGAGACAUCAAUCACAUCCCAUGUCGAGUGUGUGGCUUGCCCUCGUCGGGGUACCAUUUUGGGGCCAUCACUUGUGAAAGUUGCAAGGGCUUCUUUAGAAGAUGCCUUAAUAAGAGUAAUAAUAACGAUGUCGCCGGUGAUGAUGAUGAUGAUGAAGACGUCAGAAUGGGGCUAUGCAAGGUGACCAGGAUGGGUCGGAAUGUCUGCAAAAAGUGCCGCUACAUGAAAUGCAUCAUAGUUGGGAUGCACCACAACAGUAAGAUGACGCUGUUGAUGCUGCUUCAUCUGCUGCUGCUGCUGAUGAUGAUGAUUGUGAUGAUGAUGAUUGUUAAGAUGAUGAUUGUUAGGAUAAUGAUGAUGAUGACUGUGAGAAUGAUGUUCCACCAAAUGGUCGUUAUUCUGUCUAAUGUCAGAUCAAUAAUUUAG